AAAGCAAAGCAUGGAUUUAAAAAAAAAAAAAAACAAGCUCAUUGCCAUCGAGUCAAUUCUGACUCAAAGCAACCCUAUAGGAUGACCUGCCCCAUAGGGUUUCCAAGACUGUAAUCUUUAUGGAAGCAGACUGCCACAGCUUUCUUUCAUGUUGGGUUCGAAAUGCCAAUCUUUCAUACAGCCAAGCACUCAGGCACUGUGCCACCAGGGCUCUCUAAGGCAUGAAUAGAGCAUCUAAGUUCUCAAAAGAGCGAUCUGGGGGCAGAAAAGGAAAGAAGUGAACAUUUGAAAAGCGCUGUUCCCAUCUUCUACCAAAUCAAGUACCCUAACUACAUGAGAUUCUAAGGAAGGGAUGGACGCUGUGGCAGGAGAAGAAAUAAUUCGGACCUUUCCACCUGCUGGAAAAUUCUUACAGAGACUUUUGCCUCCAAUGUGCUCUUUCCCUGCUGACCUGGCAAAUGGCAGGAACAAGAGUAACAGCUUACACCAGCCACAAGUUUGCUUUGUACUAGGGGAACGGGUUACUUGGGUUCUCUUAGCAGCUGUACAAUAUGAGAGUGACAUCAGUGACGGGACAUGAAAGCUCCACAUGGUUUCAUUUCAUGAGAAAAAGAGCGACUUCCCUUAUAGCAAGCCGUUCCGUAAGCACGUUUUACUUCAGCAGCUAGCUUUCCAAAAACCGUUCUCAGGAUUUCUCUUUCAUCCACACCUGGAGAGAGCUUGAAAACAGAGAACAGUCGGGGCUGCUGAAGGAGAAGUGGGGAAAACGGUGUGUGAUCUCAGAAAUCAAACAAGGAGUAACCUAUGCUAGACCCAAGCUUCAGCUGUCUCCGAGUGUUUCCUGACACACAUUUUUGCCUACCGUCCAUCACAACGGAAAAAUGGGAUUCAACGUGACGCUGACAAAACCACCAGACCAGGAGCUGCCCGGCCAAGGGAGUUACGCUCCAAGUAACGUGAGUGACGGACCCGGAAAGAACGCCACCGCCCACAACGAGUUCGACACUGUCAUCUUGCCCGUGCUUUACCUUGUCAUAUUCGUGGCGAGCAUCUUGCUGAAUGGUCUGGCAGUAUGGAUCUUCUUCCACAUUAGGAAUAAAACCAGCUUCAUAUUUUAUCUCAAGAACAUAGUGGUUGCUGACCUCAUAAUGACACUGACAUUUCCCUUCAGAAUAGUACACGAUGCAGGAUUUGGACCUUGGUACUUCAAGGUCGUCCUCUGCAGAUACACCUCCGUUCUGUUUUACGCAAACAUGUACACCUCCAUCGUGUUUCUGGGGCUGAUAAGCAUCGAUCGCUACCUGAAGGUGGUGAAGCCGUUUGGGGACUCCCGGAUGUACAGCAUAACCUUUACCAAGGUCUUAUCUAUCUGCGUUUGGGUGAUCAUGGCUUUUCUGUCCUUGCCGAACAUCAUCCUAACGAACCAUCAGCCGACUCAGGAAAAUAUUCACGACUGCCUGAAACUGAAAAGUCCCUUGGGAGUCAGAUGGCAUAAAGCAGUCAUUUACGUCAACAGCUGUGUGUUUGUGGCUGUGCUGGUGAUACUGAUCGGCUGUUACAUAGCCAUAUCCAGGUACAUCCAUAAAUCCAGCCGGCAGUUCGUAAGUCAGUCAAGCCGGAAACGAAAGCACAACCAGAGUAUCAGGGUGGUCGUGGCCGUGUUUUUUACGUGUUUUCUACCCUAUCACUUGUGCAGAAUUCCAUUUAUGCUGAGCCACCUGGACAAGCUUUUAGAUGAAUCUGCACACAAAAUCCUGCAUUACUGCAAAGAGAUGACCCUUUUCUUGUCGGCAUGCAAUGUGUGUCUGGAUCCAAUCAUUUACUUUUUCAUGUGCAGGUCGUUUUCAAGAAGGUUAUUCAAGAAAUCAAAUAUCAGGACCAGGAGCGAAAGCAUCAGAUCCCUGCAAAGCGUGAGAAGAUCCGAAGUCCGCGUAUAUUACGACUACACAGAUGUGUAAAGGGGACGUGUAGGGGACGCAGGCCACCAGGCCUUCUUCUCCCUGGUGCCGAAAUGGAUGUGUACACAGUGUAAAUAAACAUUUCUUUUGAUUACCCUUGCUUGAGCCUAUCAAAAUAUGGAUAAAAUGGUGUCAACUUGGGGCAUGACUUGGAACCGAGAUAAACAAACGUAAAGGCCCAGCGAAAGUCCAAUGAACAAGAAGCGGUGGGUGGCUGAACGGCAGCUUCCCCACCCAAUGUUUAAGGAGCAGACGGAGGCGCAGGGAGAGCCUCGGCAAAGCCUGCUCGCUGCAGCCUUCUCUCCCCCAGGACCCACUGCUGCGGCGAAGCCGCUUUUGCGGAAAACAGCAAGUACAAAGAAGAGAAUCCACUUAGCUUUGGGGUCCAAAGUUUGGGCAAUAAAUGGAUGUUUUUGGCACAGCUUAUUCAUUGCAAAUAUAAUUCAGUAAAAUAUUGAUUACUGAAGGAGCCCGGGUGACGCAGUGGUUAAAGAAAUCAACUGCUAACCAAAGGUUGGUGGUUUGGGGGCUUCUCAGGAGAAAGAAGUGGCAGUCCGCUUCCGCAGUAUUUACCACCUUAGACAUCCUAUGGGUUCGCUAUGAGUCGGAAUCAACUCUACAGCAGGGGGUGGGUUAUUGAUUACCAGGCUAUCCCCAAUUCCAUCUAUGACCCGUCUAGGAUCUGUGGCCGGCAUCCCUCACUGUGUUAAUCAAUGUCUUAUGCACAGUGACA